CAAAAAUAGACUAUUCACAUUACAUCUAUCAAUCUUUUACCGGUUCCAGACACACCCAUAAAAAUUGAGCAUAUAUAAAUACCCACGUUUGUAACGUGUGUAUUAGACUAUUCGUGUAAUAUUGCAUUUGCAUGUACAUACAUAAAAGGAACUUAAGGGGAGAUAUGAGACUCACGAUAAGCACAAAAGAAAGGGCGAUCAGAGAGAGAAAGAGAGGAAGAAGUUAUGAGACGAUUUUUCAUUGGUCUUCUUGUGGUUAUUUUGUCGAUUGGAAAUGUUAUUGAAGAAGCAAAUGGUGAAAUAUCUCGAACAGUUUUGAGCCAAAUAGAGAGGAUGAAUAAGAGAGGUCCUUAUUUGGGGAUUGUAGCUCCAAACAACUUUGAGCUUAAUCCUCUUCUUGCUUCUAAAGCCUAUGUUCCAUAUCCCUCUUUACCCUUUAUCGAUUUCGCAGGUAGAAGAUUUCGAUUUGGAAAAAUAUCAAACCAACGGGUCGUAAUCGUGAUGACGGGGUUGGGAAUGGUAAAUGCAGGAGUAGCAACACAAUUACUAGUGAGCCUGUUUAAGCUGAAAGGAGUGUUGCAUUAUGGAAUCGCUGGAAACGCAGAUGUUAACCUUGAGAUUGGCGACGUCACUAUUCCUAAAUUUUGGGCUCACUCUGGUCUUUGGAAUUGGCAGAGGUAUGGAGAUGGGAUUGACAAAGAAUUGGCUUUGGAAGCCGCCGGAGACUAUACUCGGGAUAUUGGUUAUCUCCAGUUUUCCAACUACAAUAACGGAUCCGACAACUUGCUCAAUCGAGUUUGGUACCAACCGGAAGAAAUAUUUCCGGUCACCGGAACUCCCGAAGUCCGGGAACACGUCUUCUGGAUCCCUGUUAACAAGUCCUACUUGGAUCUUGCACGCCAAGUCAAGGUUUGACUAAUUAAACUCACAUAUUUCUUUUUUGCUAAAUUUUAAAGUCACAUAGUUUGAUUUCUUUUGUUGAUAAUAUAUUUAUUUUGUAUCCAAGUUGUAGUAUGUACGGCAAAUACUUACAACACGUUAGUCCGUUAGGUGUUAGAUUGGAAAUAUUUGACUACACAAAAUUAAACUUCGACAAUUAAUCCAACUAUAUAAUUCUGAAAAUAUGAAGAGAAAAAAGCAUCAAUGUACGUACUAUAUAGUGUAGUACACGAAAGCAAAAAUAAAAUUGAAACGUAUAAUUCAGUGCUAUAUAUAUAUAAUUCCUUAAAUUGUGUUAUAUUUUUAUUAUCAAUAUAAAAAAGUUCAAUCAACACAACAAUAACCCAUAAGUCUCUCCAUGGCUUGACACAUCAGCAUUUUCAAACUUUUAGGAGAUGACACUUCAGCAAAAAAAAACACCAAUAAAAACAUUUCAUUAAUACAAGUCAUCAAUUUAUUUUAACUUUUAAAUUUAAACCCAUUAAAAACUCUAAUAUUUUUAUUGUUAAUUUUAGUUUUAUUUUUUGAUCAAACCCAAGCCCAAAUAAUAAAUAACAGCAAAUAAAAAAAAUUCUUUUAUUUUUUUAACAAACCCAAAUAAUAAAUAAUAAUAAAUAACAACAAAUAAUAAAAUUAAAUCUUUGUUUUAUAUUUUUGCCAAACCGAAACUCGAAUAAUAAAUAACAGCAAAAAAAAAAUUAAAAUUUCUAACUAUGUGUUUGCUUGAUAGAGACGUAUGUGAUUGAGGAAAGUGUAGACUCAUCAUCAACUAUGCUUCCAUAACAACAAUGCAAAAAGCGUUAUGUUAUAAGAAAUCUACACAUCAGCAAAAAUUUGAACCAAUAAAAACAUAACAAUAAUACAAAUUAUUAACACACUAAUAAAAUCAAUUUACUAUUUUGCUGACCCAUUAAAAAGCCCAAAGUUUACAAAAAAAAAAUGGAAGGAGAAAGCAAAUGAGGAGAAACUCAGACCACCACAGCUUGGAGAUUCGUAUUUCCACUGGUUACUGAGAACAAAUUUUCUUGAGUUUGGCAGAAAUAGAGAAUUUCUUGGUUUUGGUAAAAAAAAUGUGAUUUUCAGUUUUGGUAGGAAAACAUAGUUUCUCGGUUAUGGCGAAAAAAAACAAAUUCUCGGGUUUGGCGGCAAAAUGUGAAUUUUUGGUUUUAGUGAGAAAUAAAAAAUUUGAUUUUGACGAGAAAAUGCGAGGGAAAUGCAACUUUUCAAUUUUGAAGAAAAAUAUGAUUUCUCGGUUUUGAUAGAAAAUGCAAUUUUUCGGCUUUUGAUGGAUAAUGUAAUUUUUUGAUUUUUGCGGAAAAUUGUAAUUUGACAAUUUUGGCAAAAAAAUGCAAUUUCUUGGGUUGAUAGAAAAGCAAAAUUUCUCGAUUUAGGCGGGAAUAAACAAUUUCUUGGUUUUGAUGGGAAAUGCAAAUUUUCAGUUUUUGACAUAUAAUUUGAUUUUUGGUUUUCGAGGGAAAACAAUUUUUGGUUUUUGCAGGAAGAUGAAAUUUUUUGGUUUUGAUGAAAAAACUUGAUUUCUCUGUUUUGAUGGAAAAACACAGGUUCUCGCGCGAAAGUGUGAUUUUUUGGUUUUUGAGGAAAAAUGCAAUUUAUUUGUUUUGGUAAGAAAAUGAAAUUUCAAGUUUGACGAGAAAAUGAAUUUUUUUGGUUUUGGCGGGAAUAUGCGAUUUCUUAGUUUCGUGGGAAAUAAUUUUUUUUGUUUUGUCGAAAAAUACAAUUUCUCUGUUUUUGUAAAAAGAUAAAAAUUUUCUGUGCUAAAUUUUUAAGUUAUAAUAUGUUUAUAGUAACCAAAAUUGAAUUAUUUAACUUCAACUAAAUUGAUAUUUCAACAGUUCAAAUAUAACUUUCUAUUUAGUUCUAAAGUAAUAGUAAUGAUUUUGAUAUGAAUGUUAUUGAUUAUAGUUGGUAGUUUUAGAAACAUAUGUUUAUAAUAAAUAUUUGAUAAAUAAAUAAAUUUUAUAAUUUAAAAUAAUUAUAUUAAUUAAUAUAUUUUUAAAUGGCAAUUUGCUUUAUAUAAUUUUAAAGGAGGAUCAAGUAGUAAUUUAGUAGAGAAAAUAAAUUACAUCUACCAUUAGCUUGAAGGUACUUAAAAAUGUAUUGUUUUAUUCUUACAUAUACAUUUAUAGAUAGUUAGCUAAACAAAUUUGGUAGUAGAUUAUAAUUUUAAAAAAUAAAAAAUUAAUGAUAUAUAAUGUUUAUUCAGAUUUAAAACAUAUAAAUACAUAACUUAAUCUAAUAAAAAUAAAUAUAAUACUUAUUUAAAAUAUAUAAAUAAUUGUAUUAUAUUAAAAAUAUAUACAAAUCUAGAAAAAUAUCUCGCAUCAUAGCGCGGGUUAAUACCUAGUGAUUAUAAUAAUUUGUUAUGAUGAAAUAAUCUUGUAUUCGGUAUACGUUGCUUAUGAUACAUUUAAAAAAGUAACAAAACAGGACACGAAACUACCACAAUGCGUGAACACCACGUGCCUCCCUCGACCACCGAAGGUAACCAUCGUUGACCGUGGGGUUAGUGCAAGCGUCUUCGUCGACAACGCAGCUUAUCGAACUUUUCUCCGCUCCAAAUUUAACGCCACAGCCGUCGAAAUGGAAAGCGCCGCCGUAGCUCUCAUCUGCCACCAGCAAAGCCUUCCUUUCGUCGUCAUUCGUGCCCUCUCGGACCUAGCCGGAGGCGGCUCCGACGUCUCCAACGAGGCCGACUUGUUCGGCAGCCUCGCCGCUCAAAACUCUGUCGAUGUUCUCGUGAAGUUCGUUGGUUUGUUACCUCAACGCGGAAGCAAGAUUCAAUUGGAAUAAUAAGUGUUCAUGCAUGGAUGUGUAUCUUAGUAAGGAGAAUGUAACGGAAAAAAUAAGUUGUAUCUGUUUCCAUUUUUUUUCAAUAAUAAGAGCGAUCUUUUCGUCCAUUGCUUUAAAACUUUAAGCUAUUAGAAUUUUUGUUUGAUUAAUAUCGGAUUUUUAGAUGGAGGUUUUGAUCC